AAUAUAAGGUAUCUUUUACCGAGCCUUACUAAAAUAAAAUAAAAUUGGGGUUACACAAAUUCAAGUUUCAACCAUUCACAUCACAUCACCCACACAGAUUGGUAAGGUUUUCGGUCUUUUCACUGUUUCUCUCUUUCUUUCACUCAUCUUUUCCGCUGGCGCUUAGUUUCUUUCUUUAUUUCUACUCUCACAAAGAUCACAAACCCUAACCUCAUUCAUCACCGUACCCGCCGCAUCGUCGUCUUCAGAUCCCUCGCCGCCGUCUCCAAACCGCAGAGUUCAAUCAAUUUUGUAAGAGGAAUACAAAAAAAGUGUUGCCAAUAUGAGGAUUAUGAUAAAGGGAGGUGUUUGGAAAAACACCGAGGAUGAAAUUCUGAAAGCUGCUGUUAUGAAAUAUGGUAAAAAUCAAUGGGCUCGUAUAUCUUCGCUUCUUGUUCGUAAAUCUGCGAAACAGUGUAAAGCUCGUUGGUAUGAGUGGUUAGAUCCUUCCAUUAAGAAAACCGAAUGGACUAGAGAAGAGGAUGAGAAGUUACUUCAUCUUGCUAAGCUUAUGCCUACUCAGUGGAGAACAAUUGCUCCCAUUGUUGGUCGUACUCCUUCGCAGUGUCUUGAACGAUAUGAGAAACUUCUUGAUGCUGCUUGUGUUAAGGAUGAUAAUUAUGAGCCUGGUGAUGACCCUAGGAAAUUGCGUCCGGGGGAGAUUGACCCGAAUCCUGAGUCAAAGCCUGCUCGACCUGAUCCGGUUGAUAUGGAUGAGGAUGAGAAGGAGAUGCUUUCUGAAGCACGUGCUCGGUUGGCUAACACGAAAGGUAAGAAAGCCAAAAGGAAAGCUAGGGAGAAACAGCUUGAGGAAGCUAGGAGGCUUGCUUCUUUACAGAAAAAGAGAGAAUUGAAGGCUGCUGGAAUUGAUGUAAGGCAGCGGAGGAGGAAAAGGAGAGGGAUUGAUUAUAAUGCAGAAAUUCCCUUUGAGAAGAGGCCUCCUCCUGGUUAUUUUGAUGUUGCCGAUGAGGAUAGGACGGUGGAGCAGCCAGCAUUCCCUACUACUAUUGAAGAACUUGAGGGAAAAAGAAGGAUCGAUGUUGAGGCGCAGCUGAGAAAGCAAGACGUUGCAAGGAAUAAAAUUGCCGAGAGGCAAGAUGCCCCGGCUGCUAUUCUGCAUGCCAACAAGCUGAAUGACCCAGAAACAGUUAGAAAGAGAUCAAAACUGAUGCUUCCACCACCCCAGAUUUCUGACCAAGAAUUGGAUGAAAUUGCCAAGUUGGGUUAUGCCAGUGACCUUGUGGGUAGCGAGGAACUCACUGAAGGCAGCAGUGCUACACGUGCUCUUCUCUCUAAUUAUCCACAGACACCCAACCAAGCAAUGACUCCUUUAAGAACUCCUCAGAGAACACCAGCUAGUAAAGGAGAUGCUAUCAUGAUGGAAGCUGAAAAUUUGGCCAGGCUGAGGGAGUCUCAGACACCACUGUUGGGAGGAGAGAACCCGGAGUUGCAUCCUUCAGAUUUUUCUGGGGUCACUCCUAAGAAAAAGGAAAUUCACACUCCAAACCCACUGCUGACUCCCUCUGCAACCCCUGGAAGUGCAGGCCUUACUCCCAGAAGUGGUAUGACACCGUUAAGGGAUGGUUUUUCUUUUGGCAUGACUCCUAAGGGAACUCCUCUUAGGGACGAGCUACAUAUCAAUGAGGAUAUGGAGAUGCACGACAGUGCUAAACUCGAGCUACGGAGACAAGCUGAUAUGAAAAAAAGUUUGCGCUCUGGUUUAAGCAGCCUUCCACAGCCCAAAAAUGAGUACCAGAUAGUGAUGCAGCCAGUUCAAGAAGAUGCUGAAGAGCCUGAGGAGAAGAUUGAGGAGGAUAUGUCUGAUAGAAUGGCUAGAGAAAAGGCUGAAGAAGAGGCACGGCAGCAGGCAUUACUUAGAAAACGAUCAAAAGUCCUUCAAAGGGAACUUCCUAGGCCUCCUCCAGCAUCUAUCGAGCUUAUUAGGAACUCGUUGAUAAGAGCUGACGGGGACAGGAGUUCAUUUGUUCCACCAACCAAUAUUGAGCAAGCCGAUGAGAUGAUAAGAAGGGAGCUUCUAACCUUACUGGAGCAUGACAAUGCCAAAUAUCCACUUGAGGAGAUAGCAAAUAAGGAGAAAAAGAAAGGAUCCAAACGAGCGGCAAAUGGACCUGCUGUCCCUGUCAUAGAAGAUUUUCAGGAGGACGAGAUGAAAGAGGCUGAUAAGUUGAUAAAAGAUGAAGCCGAGCAUCUUCGUGUGGCAAUGGGGCAUGAAAAUGAUUCCCUUGAUGAAUUUGUUGAAGCACAUACCACUUGCAUUAAUGAUUUAAUGUACUUUGUCACCCGUAAUGCAUAUGGUCUAUCAAGUGUUGCGGGAAACACGGAGAAGCUAGCAGCUUUGCAGAAUGAAUUUGAGAAUGUGAGAAGUAAGCUGGAUGAUGGUAAGGAGAAAUUGAUACGACUUGAGAAGAAGGUUACUUUACUCACACAUGGGUAUGAGAUGAGAUCAAAAAACGGUAUUUGGCCGCAGAUCGAGGCCACUUUCAAGCAGAUGGACAUGGCUGCAACAGAAUUCGAGUGUUUUCAAGGUUUGAAAAAACAGGAGCAGUUAGCAGCAAAGCAUAGGAUAAACAAUCUUUGGUCUGAAGUUCAGAAGCAAAAGGAACUUGAGAGAACUUUACAGAAGAAAUACGGAGAUCUUAUGGUAGAGCUGGAAAGGACACAAAACAUAAUGGAGCAGUUCAGGGUAGAAGCACAACAGAAGGAAGAAAUUGAAGCCAAGAACCAUGCAAUAGAAGAGGUAGAAGCACAACAGCAAGAAGAAACCGAAGCAAAGAAUCAUGUCCUUGAGAUUUCUGAAGCCACGGCUGAUGAAAUUAAUGUGCAGGGUACAGAAAAUUGUGAAGCAGUACCCAUCUCAGCUGACCCGGAAAUAGCCACUGUGCAAGAUCAGGCUACUUCUAGCUCCAAAGUUGAUAUGGAUGUGGAUUCCUCCUCUGAAGCACAAGCUACACACAUCACUGGUGUUACAUUGCCAGAUGCACCUGCUGCAGAGGAUGAAAAUUCAAAAGCUGUAGAAGGCGAAAACAUUGAAAGCGUUAUUGAAAAUAGUGAGACCGCAGUAGAUACAAGUGCUGCAUUGGAAAUAAAAAGUAACGAGGAAAAUGGUGAGGGUCAAGAUGUUGCCAAUCCAGAUGAGGUUAUGGAAGCUGCAAACAAACCUGAUAACAUAAAAGAAGCUACCCUGCUUGAUGACAUGCAAGUUGAUGAUGGUAAACGAGAUGAUGAGGCAAAUUAGGCAGGGGAUUGUAUCAGCAAGUUCUAAUAUUAAAGUUUGUGGAGAUAUUACACUGAUGAGUUGUUGCUGAACCUAGAGAUAUCCGAAUGAGUUGCAUGGAAAGUGGGUGUGUCCUUCCUUAUUUAUUGGAUGAUAAUGAGCAAAGGUUUGGAACGUUUUAUUUUGCCAAGUUUUGCCCUUGUAACUUUCUAAGUGGAUGUUGGUGAUGAGCUCGUUUAGAUUCUCCAUUAGAUUUGAUUGCACCAUGUCAUCUUAAAACUCCUUUUAGAUGGGUCAAACUCAAUCAACAACUCUGACUUUCCUUAUGUACUUUUUGGUCCAUUGACAUUACAGAGCUUUGCAAAAGUAUAUCCGAUUGUUGAAUGGUCCUUAAAAAAAAGUUUAAACAGAAAAAAACUGAUUAUACAUGUUUUAAUUCAGAGUACAUUACAUCCUUUUGUGGGAUUGAAAUUUCCCCCCGCUGAACGCCGUAAGCCAUCUGAGUGCGAUAUAAGGAAUCAUAAUUAGGAGGCAGCUGGUCAAAUGUAUUUUUUGGUGAGCCAAUAAUGUAUAUUCUGAUUGUGACA